AUGAGAGCGCCGAACAAAGUACAUGCGGCGUCAGAAACACGUCAAAUCAACGUCGGCGUGGUCGAAGAAAAUGGAAAAAAGAAACAUAACAAGAUCAAGACAUCGAAAUACACUAUCCUCAUGUUUUUACCGAAGAAUCUGUCAGAGCAAUUCCGGAGAGUGGUCAACUUCUACUUCCUUAUUGUGACUGUAAUCGCCGUGGUCAUAGAUAGUCCCGUAUCACCAUUUACGAGUAUCGCCCCACUAAGUUUCAUGGUAUUAGUGACGGCUGUUAAGCAGGGCUAUGAGGACUGGUUGCGACAUAGAGCCGAUAACAAGGUCAAUAAUAAGAUUGUUGAAAUCGUGCACAAAGGUGUAAUAAAAGAGGUGCGUAAUUCGUUGAUUGCGCCCGGCACACUAGUUCGUGUUAAACGAGGUCAAGAAGUUCCAGCUGACCUGGUACUCCUGUGCUCGGAAGGGGAAAAGGGAAAAUGUUUCAUCACUACCGCCAAUUUAGAUGGAGAGACUAACCUCAAGACCCUUAGGGUUCCUCCGCCUUUUGUAGGAUAUACACCAGACAUAUUACCUAAAGGCAUGUGUAUCGAGGUCCCACAUCCAGUGGCAGAUUUGUACACGUUCUAUGGACGACUCGAGAUACCGGGCUUGGAGAGCAUCGUGCUUUCCACAGAUAACAUCAUGCUGAGAGGAUCUAGAGUUAAAAACACAGAGUGGGCGAUUGGUUGCGCCGUAUAUACAGGUGAAGAAACAAAAUUAGCACUCAAUUCAAAGUACGCUGGAAACAAAUUUUCAUCGAGCGAAGCUGCGGUAAACCGAUUCCUAAUGCUGUUCAUCUACCUUCUAAUCCUAGAAAUAACGGCAUCCUUCGUGGCUAAAAUUAUAUUAGAUACACUUCAUCACGAACGCAAAGAGUAUUUAGGUUAUGAACCAGAUUAUAUUCCGACAUUUUUGGGCAGUUUACAGGAUUUGUUUUCGUUUUUACUUCUCUACUACUACAUCGUACCAAUGUCUUUGUACGUCACGAUCGAGUUGUAUAAGUUUAUCGGAGCGCUAUUUAUCGGAUGGGAUGAGGAUCUGCGCUGUGAUGAAACUGGUAGACCAGCGAUGGCGAACACGUCUGACCUUAACGAAGAAUUAGGUCAAGUCGAAGUGUUGUUCUCUGAUAAAACGGGAACAUUGACUAAGAACCUUAUGGUGUUCAAAGCGUGUUCUAUUAAAGGCCGGUUAUAUGAAGAGCGGGAUUCGAAAUUGUACGACACGGAGCGAUUCAACGAACCUGUUGACAUGUCACAGACAGAUAUCAAAUUUUUUUUCACAAUAGCUGCUCUUUGUCAUACGGUGCAAGUAUCUAACGAAGAUUUGAAGAAGUUGAGCGUAAGAUUGUCUGGUAAUGAUAAUUUACAAUUUAUGAAUAUAUUUCGAAGAAAAAAACAGAGCAAAGUUUUGGGUAAUGUCGAACUUGAUAGCGUUAAUUGGAAUGCACUCAUGAAUCAAGAGGGAAAUAAAAUGGACUACCAGGGAAGCAGUCCUGAUGAGAAGGCUCUAGUCGAGGCGGCUGAAAGAUUUGGUGUAACGUUUAUGGGAGAAGAAGGCAAUAAUUUGUUGGUCAGAUUUGGUAACCAUACAGAAAUGUUUGAACGAUUGCAGCUUAUUGAAUUCACGUCAGAGAGGAAGAGGAUGUCAAUUAUUGUAAGAGAUAAAGAUGGAAAGAUAUGGUUGUUUUGUAAAGGUGCGGAGUCGUCAGUGUUUCCAAUUUGUAAAGAUACAGCAUUGAUUGAAGAAACAGAUAGAGACAUAAAUUAUUUUGCAAAUAAAGGUCUGAGGACAUUGGCGAUUGCUUAUAGAGAAAUACCGCUGGAGGAAUAUGAAAGGGUAGCUGAAUCCAUCAAGCGGUUGGACGGCGCGAGCGCGGCGGGGCUGGCGUCGCUCGCGCAGCAGUUCCGCGCGCUGGAGGCGGGGCUGGCGCUGCUCGGCGCCACGGCGGUGGAGGACACGCUGCAGGACGACGUCGCCGGCACCAUCGCCGCGCUGCGCCGCGCCGGCCUGCGCGUCUGGGUGCUCACGGGGGACAAGGUCGAAACAGCUGUCAACGUUGCCCAAUCUUGUGCACACAUUUCCGAAAAUGACAAACGGUUGUUUCUCGUGGGUAUUGAGAACAACGAAGAUUUGGAAGCUAACUUUGCUGUCUGCCUUCAAACGCUAGCAGAACCGAGUUAUAAGGAUUUAACGCUUAUAAUCGAUGGGACAACUGUGAGCAACAUUCUGGGCACGACCUAUGAGAGCGUUUUUGUGGAUAUAUCAUUGAAAUGUAACGCGGUGCUGUGCUGUCGAUUAUCACCGAUACAAAAGGCUGCUAUAGUUAAAUUAAUAAAAGAAAGUCCAGAAAAACCUAUCACAGCUGCGAUAGGGGAUGGCGCCAAUGAUAUAUCUAUGAUACAAGAAGCGCAUGUUGGGUUUGGAAUAUAUGGUAAAGAAGGACACCAAGCAGCGCGGUCAGCAGAUUUUGCCUUCACAAAGUUUGCUAUGAUUAAGAAAGUUUUACUCGUGCUGGGUCAUUGGUACUACCAGCGGCUUGCUACGCUCAUACAUUACUUUUUUUACAAGAAUCUUGUUCUUGUAAAUAUAAUGUUUUUAUUCCAAACAGAUUCAAUGUUCUCAACGCAGUCGAUAUUAGACUCGAUGUACCUCACAUUCUUCAAUCUCCUCUUCACGUCAGUCCCGGUCUUCGUACUUUCCGUCACCGACCAGAGAUGGCCGGCGGAUCUAUUGCUCAGAAACCCAACGCUGUACAGAGAUAUAAGAAAGAACAAGCUUCUAACUUGGCCAUACUUCGCGGCGUGGUUCAUCUCCGCUUCAUAUCACUCUGUUGUUAUCUACUACUUCUCUAGAAUGACGUUCAAAGCUUCGUUGAUUAGUCUGGAUGGAAAUACCGUCGAUCUAUGGUCGUUCGGCGUGACGCUGUUCCACCUCAUAACGGUGUUGGUGACGCUGAAGCUGUGCCUGCAGGCGCGCUACCACACGCUCGUGUUCGCGGCCUCGGCGCUGCUCUCCGUGCUCGCCUUCGUCGCCUUCAACAGCGCCUACACGAUACUUGAAGGCGUGCAAACCGAUGGAGAUGUUCUAGGAACGUACAUAAGGCUUUUAAUGUCGCCAUCCUUCUGGUUCUUGAACAUCCUCGUUGUUAUCGGCAGUCUAAUUCCAGACUUUUGCGUUGCACUAAUUUCUGACAGAUGGGGUAGAAGAAGAGUUUGGUCAGACGUUGAGAAUCCAUCUGUAUUCGCAACUAGAUUAUAA